AAGGGGAGUUGUCAAUGGAUGGGACAAGACCCUGUGUGGUAUACUGUCAGAAAUGGCCACUACUUGGCAUUGAGAGGCAGGCAUGACCUCAGCAGAAAGGUCAUCGGGGCCUCUACUUGGCUGUCACAAGGUGGCGCUGCUGAAAUGUACUUGAGAGGCCUCGCAGAGUCAGCUUUGUGUGUCUCAGGCUCCAGAAUUAACGCCAAGACCCCAAAACAUCCCACAAGCAGGUUGUGGAAAUUAGGAUGUUCCACGGAAAUCUGGGAUGGGAGAGAAUUCUUACUUGCUGUCACUAUAUCAUCCCCCUUGGCACUGGCACUUCCCUUGCUGACCUUCACUCCCUCACUCUUUAUGUGCCAGAAGGUUUGCCUGUUGCAUCUCGCAUGGUUUGGUCUGGUCAGUGUUUGGAGGAGAAGCAACCAGGAAAAACUCAGGGUGCUGCAGGGAGUUGUGUGGGAGUCCCAACGGGGGAUGUGCUUAUCUGCCUGUGCCAACCUCAAUUCCCUGACAUGGUGCUAGGGAGUUCUGGGUGGUACAGGGAAGUUGCUCUUUUUCAAAUGAGAUCUAGCCCAGAGGUCUUGACCACCUGGAAGCAUUACAGUUCCUAUGGUAGUUUUCACAAAGGCAGCUGGGUGUUUAAUCUUGGUCUCGUGACCAUAUUUCUACUUGGAUAGUCAUAUUCUUUCAUCCUACGUUUCAGUGGGGUAUCAAUCUUUACAGUGCCAUUCGGCUUUUAACCACGGGAGUAAAAAAUAAACCUAUUGCUGUUUUUAUAGUUGUUCUGGGUUUAAAAUAUCAGCUCUUUAAACAAAAUUGUAUUCUGGUUAAGACUUGGCAUUCAGAUUUCAGGCUCGGGGGCAAACGUUUUCCCUAGUGGUUCAUUUUAACCCUCCAAAAUGUAAGGGGAAAGUACCUGGUAGCAGAACUUUAAAGCAGUCUUGUAAAAUUGUUAUGAAAACUUACCACGCUAAGCAAAAAAACCCCACUCCCCUGUCCUUUGCCAUGACAUCUGAUCACUAAUGAAAAAAACCUUGUACUUUACUCUCCCCAAACAAGUGGAUGAGGAAAAUUUUGCAAGUCUGAUGCUAUUUUCUCGAGGUCAGGGGUUUUUCUUUGGUUGGCACAACAUUUGACAGUUUGUGUUUGUGCCUCAUUAAUAGUGCAGAGAAACCUUAGGGGAGACCAGGCUUUCCCAGGCUGCGAUGGCUGUACUAGACAUGGGGUCAGAAUGGGGGGAAAAAAUGGUGGUACUUACUCUAGCAACGCCAUCACGAGGAGCCAUGCUGGGUGGAUUGCACAAAUCUUCCUCUUGCAUGCUUGAUCAGCAUAAAAAUAGUCAACAGAGGGAGGAGAUGGGAAAGGGUCCAGUUCUGAUGAGCAGCAGGAGAAGAAACAGAAGGAAAAUACAGCCUAUGCCAAGAAAAUGGUGCUCCGGAUAGCAGGGCUAAUGGGAGCUGGUAGCGGGAUAGCAGUUAUCUAUAUUUUUGGUAGUAAUUCAGUGGACGAGCAAGGGGCUAAGAUCCCAGACGAAUUUGAUAAUGAUCCAGUGGUGGUUCAGCAGCUCCGAAGGACGUAUAAAUAUUUCAAAGAUUAUAGGCAGAUGAUUAUAGAGCCCACCAGCCCAAAGCUGCUUCCAGACCCCCUGAAAGAACCGUACUAUCAGCCUCCCUACACCCUGGUCAUUGAGCUUACAGAUGUGUUGCUCCAUCCCGAGUGGUCGCUAGUAACUGGCUGGCGCUUUAAGAAGAGACCGGGCAUUGACAGUCUGUUUCAGCAGCUGGCGCUGCACUAUGAAAUAGUCAUCUUUACAUCUGAGACAGGCAUGACGGCAUUUCCCCUCAUUGACAGUGUGGACCCUCACGGAUUCAUCUCCUAUCGGCUUUUCCGAGAUGCCACCCGUUACAUGGAUGGACACCAUGUUAAGGAUAUUUCCUGCCUGAACAGAGACCCCGCCAAGGUGGUGGUGGUGGACUGCAAGAAGGAAGCGUUCCGCCUGCAGCCUUUCAACGGCAUGGCGCUGAAGAAAUGGGACGGCAGCUCCGACGACAGGACCCUCUUUGACCUCGCCGCCUUCCUGAAGACUAUUGCCUUGAGUGGGGUCGAGGAUGUCAGAACGGUGCUGGAGAACUACUCGAUGGAAGAUGACCCGCUGGAAGCAUUUAAACGCAGGCAGUCUCAGCUGGAACAGGAGGAACAGCAGCGGCUCGCCGACCUGUCCAAGAACAAGAAGCAGCAGCUUUUCCUGGGCUCCCUGGCAAGCCGGCUAUGGCCUCGGUCCAAGCAACAGUGACUCUCUCCUGUGCAGCCCCACCCGUUUGUGGACUGUCAGAGCAGUGUGGUCUGGGGGCGGGCUUCCAGCAAUGGCAUCCUAUUUACAAGGCCUCCAGAACUGCCUUCAGACUUGGCCCUUUCCAGACCCCGUCUGCGGGGUGGAGAGCCGGCAGGCAGAGAUUCCCGCACCGGCUCUGCGGUGGCCUAGUGGCGUCUGUGUGUCUGCAGAGAAAUGGACUUCUCUCAGUACAAAUAAGGGUGCGGGGGGGAGGGUCAGUCCCUAAUUAGCUUCUAGAUCUCACCCCCCCCCGCCCAUAUUGUGUUUCCUUCAGACGAGAGAGAGGACCACGCUGCUCCUGUUGGCGUGAAUGGAAAUGGUGGUACGCACGCUUCAAAUAAAGGGUCAUCUUUUUACAGGCGG